AUGGGGAUGGGGAAACUGAGAAUUGGUGGGGCGUGGAGUGGGGUGUUGGAAGUGGAAAUGGAUGACUGGACAGUGGCCAUGCUGAGGGAAGAGGUGGCGAAUCGAUCAGACUGCGGUGGGCCGCACUGCAUAAACCUUAUUUGUGCGGGCAGAGUUUUGAAAGAUGGCGAUGGUACAGAAAAAACUGAAUCACAUGACUUGAAUCACAGGGCUGCUGCCACUUCGUUGGCCAGUAGACAUGCAGAUGGUUCAUUACCUGUUGAGGACUUCAAUCUGGAGCUUGAAAAUCAGAGUGGUGAAAAAGUGCAGUUGGGAUCUGAGACUGACCAACGGGCAAUAAUGAUGGGACUGAUGCUUCAUGCAAAUGCCAAAGCUCUGAUAAGAAGGCAACAAUAUAGAGAUGCACUAGAAGUGCUCACCAUGGGUGAAGAGGCUUUCUCAUUGUGCGACCCAAAGCUUAUUGAGAUGGUUGACAACGUCUCAAUUCUUCAAAUAGACAUGGUGUGGUGUUAUUUUAUGCUCCGUGAUAUCACUUGGCUCUCAGUAGCAGGGAUUCGCCUUGCAAAAGCCAGAGAAGGUAUUGAGCGUGCUCAUGGAAAGGAAUCUACUCGCCUGAGGAUUCUGCAAGGAGGUCGCUACCCUGAGCUAGCUUUACAUCUGAGAAUGGAGCUUCUAGAAGGAGUUGUUGCAUAUCACAGUGGUCAGUUGCAAAAGUCCAAGGACGCCCUGAUCUCAGCUCAAGUUAAAUACUUCCAGCUUCAAGUUCCAGAUGAAGCCCUCUCCUUAUUAAUGAGCAUGGGUUAUAAAGAACGUGAAGCAAAGAGGGCUCUACGCAUGAACAAUUUGGAUGUUGGAGGUGCGGUUGAUUUUCUUGUUGAGGAGAAAUUUAAGAAGGCACAGAAACGCGAGGAGAAUCUUCAGCGACAGAAAGAAAUUCUGGAGCAAAAGCAAUAUGGUCGGACACCUCUUAGGAAAGCUGUGGAUCUACAGAAACUUAAAGAAUUGGUCUCCAUUGGGUUUGAGAAAGAUCUUGCUGCAGAGGCACUUCGAAGAAAUGAAAAUGAUACCCAAAAGGCUCUGGAUGACUUAACAAACCCUGAGACAAAUUCCACCUUACAAAAUGAAGUUAUAUCAAGGAAAAGGAAAAGAUUGCGCCAAACAACAGCAUCUGCCACUGAAAAUCUUGUGUCCAUGGGUUUUGACAGAGCAUCAGUGGACAGCGCUCUUCGUACGUUUGGCAGCGAAGAAGAAGCACUAAAUUAUCUACUUGGACAACCCAAUGCAAAUGCAGUCGAACAAGCGAAUCCUUCUGUUCUGCCACCCGACACUCAUGGAACAGAUGGAUUAGGUGCAGAGCACGACAUAGGAUCCAAUCCUGAAGGCGGCGGUGCCGGUCAGUCAACCCAAGACGAUAUGUUGGAGCGGGACAUGGAGAUGGAGGACCAACUUACUGAGGGACUGCAAAACGCAGAUGCUUACUCAGACUAUGACAUUGAAGUCACGAAAGAAGGUGAAGCUAUAAUCGAGUACUUGGCUUUGUUGAGUUCUGCAGAGAAUGUCGAUAAAGUCUCAUCUCUCCAGUGAAAUGUCUUAGAUGUUCAUGGCCUACAAGCAUACCCCUUCUGUAUAGUCUAUCUUAAGCACUUGAUUAUGCUAAAUAUGAAGAUAGAUGAGGUUUCUUACCUAGUUCAUGCUAACAAGAUCGUUCGCGUAUAAUCUAAUCAUGUCUUUUAAUUUAUUCGUCUCGUUUGAAGUAACCUU